AUGGAAAAUGCUUCACCUUGCAACACUCCCAUGGAUGCAAAUUUGAAAUUGUGCAAGGAUGAUAUUGGAGAAGCAGUCGAUCCAAGUUUAUAUCGAAGCUUAGUUGGAAGCUUAAUGUAUUUGACAACAACAAGACCUGAUAUUUUAUUUGCUGUAAGUAUGUUAAGCAGAUUUAUGACAAACCCGAAAAGAAGUCAUUGGGAAGCAGGAAAAAGAGUUCUUCGUUACAUUCUUGGCACCAUUAAUUUUGGAAUUUAUUACAAGAAAGUUUCAGAAUCAGUGUUGUUUGGUUUUUGUGAUAGUGACUGGGGUGGUAAUGUGGAUGAUCAUAGAAGUACAUCUGGUUAUGUUUUUAGUAUGGGUUCAGGUGUUUUUUCAUGGACUUCAAAGAAACAAUUUGUUGUUGCCCUUUCUACAAUCGAAGCAGAAUAUAUCUCGUUAGCUGCAGCUGGAUCAUUAUCAAAGAAUCCAGUUUUCCAUGGAAGAAGCAAGCAUAUUAGAAUCAAAUACCAUUUUAUCAGAGACUUGGUUAAAGAUGGAGAAGUGAUAGUAAAAUAUUGCAAGACUCAAGAUCAAGUGGCUGAUAUUUUUACAGGCUGA